AUGGCGAUCAAGCACAACAACGUUAUCCCCAAUACUCACUUCCACAAGGACUGGCAACGUCGUGUCCGCGUGCACUUCAACCAGCCCGGACGCAAGCACCGCCGUCGUGAGGCCCGUUUGGCGAAGGCCGCUGCUGUUGCUCCUCGCCCGGUCGACAAGCUCCGCCCCGUUGUGCGAGCACCCACUAUCAAAUACAACCGCCGCGUCAGGGCCGGACGUGGUUUCACACUUCAGGAGCUCAAGGAGGCUGGUGUUCCCCGCAAGCUCGCACCCACUAUCGGUAUCGCCGUUGACCACCGCCGCAAGAAUGUCUCCCAGGAAUCUCUUGCCGCCAACGUUGCUCGUCUCCAGGAGUACAAGAGCCGAUUGAUCCUCUUCCCUCGCAAGAGCGGCCAGUACAAGAAGCUCGACUCAUCUGCCGAGGACGUUGCUGCUGCCACCAAGGCUUUCGCCGCUGAGGGCAAGGUUGCCGGAUACGCCACCAACAUCCAAUCCACUUUCCCCGUCAAGAACAUCUCCGCCGCCGAGGCUGUUACCGAGAUCAGCCGCUCUGAUCUUCCCGAGGGUGAGAAGGCCGCUUACCGACGGCUGCGUGAGGCUCGCAGCGAGGCCCGCUACCAGGGAGCUCGCGAGAAGAGGGCUAAGGCCAAGGCUGAGGAGGCCGAAGCUGCCAAGAAAUAG